AUGGCGCGUUCUAUAGAUCGCAUAGAGGAGCUCAUCCAGGUGGGACACCUUGGACAAUACGUCCAACGGCAGCAGGGUCACAGAGGAGGCUACAAUGGACGAGGACGAGGCAAAGGUCGAGGUUCGGGAGCUCGCAUGGACCAACCCUCUAGUUCUCAGCAAAAUGCUGGUGGUCCGGUGCAUGCUUUUGCAACUCUCUCAUUUGUUCUUGAAACCUUUAUCUUCCUUUACGUUGGUAUGGAUGCCUUGGACAUUGAAAAGUGGAGGUUUGUUAGUGAUAGGCCUAAAACAUCUGUUGCUGUGAGUUCAGUAUUAUUGGGUCUAGUACUUGCAGGGAGAGCAGCAUUUGUUUUUCCCCUAUCCUUCUUAUCCAACCUCACUAAAAAGUCGCCAAGCGAAAGAAUAAGUUUCAGGGAGCAGGUGAUCAUUUGGUGGGCUGGUCUUAUGAGAGGUGCUGUUUCAAUGGCACUUGCCUACAAUCAGUUCACGAUGUCGGGUCACACUGAACUGCGAACCAAUGCCAUCAUGAUCACCAGCACCAUCACAGCGAUGACCAUGGGGUCAUCUUGA